GGGGCGUGUAAAUAAGCACAAGGUUGCUACUGACUCCUGCAUUUCCAGUAAAAAGAAACUAAUAUUGUGAUUUCACAAGAAAGGAGUAAGGCUGAUUUUGAAGUCAGUUAAAGAGAGCCAAAAGCCAGACAGAGCCUUCAGACAGAGCCUUCUGACAGAGACAAGAGCAGCAUAAAGAGGAACUGAUGGGUUUAGGAGGACUGUAGAAAUUUCUGUUUCGGCAACUGCAAUCUUUCCCAUCCUUCUGUUUGCCCUAGUCUUGCUGGUGAAUGCCUGGGACUGGUAUAUGGCUGGAAACGCCUGCACCAUGAACAGCUUCAUGGCCAUUGCCCUCAUCUGGAUGAUGAUAGCAUGUGCUGAAGCAGACAAGCCUCUCAGAGACCCGGGUAUGACUGGAUUUCAAACAUGCAAGGAUACCUUGAAGCUACCUGUCUUGGAGGUCCUGCCAGGAGGAGGCUGGGAUAAUCUGAGAAACAUUGACAUGGGACGGGUGAUAGACUUGACCUACACCAACUGUAAGACCACAGAAGAUGGACAGUACAUUAUCCCUGAUGAAGUCUAUACUAUUCCUCAGAAGGAGAGCAACCUGGAGAUGAAUUCAGAAAUCCUGGAUUCCUGGGUGAAUUACCAGAGUACCACCUCAUUUUCCAUCAACACGGAACUCUCCCUUUUCUCCAAAGUCAAUGGCAAGUUUUCUACAGAGUUCCAAAGGAUGAAGACCCUUCAAGUAAAGGACCAAGCUGUAACUACUAGAGUUCAGGUAAGAAACCGGAUCUACACAGUCAAAAACAGCCCAACUUCAGAGCUCAGCUUCGGGUUUACGAACGCACUUAUGGACAUCUGUGACCAAUUAGAGAAAAACCAGACGAAGAUGGCCACCUACCUGGCAGAACUCUUGGUCCUCAACUAUGGCACACAUGUUAUCACCAGUGUGGAUGCUGGGGCUGCACUGGUUCAGGAGGAUCACAUCAGGUCCUCCUUCCUCCUGGACAACCAGAACAGUGAGAAUACUGUGACUGCCUCUGCUGGGAUUGCCUUCUUAAACAUUGUGAACUUUAAAGUUGAAACAGACCACACUUCUCAGACCACUUUGACCAAGAGCUACCUGUCUAACAGAACCAACUCCAGGGUGCAGAGCUUUGGAGGGAUUCCCUUCUAUCCAGGAAUUACCUUAGAAACCUGGCAGAAGGGCAUCACUAACCACCUAGUGGCAAUAGACCGAGCUGGCUUGCCUCUGCAUUUCUUCAUUAAGCCUGACAAACUGCCUGGUUUGCCGGGUCCCUUGGUGAAAAAGCUGUCGAAGACAGUGGAAACUGCUGUGAGACAUUAUUACACAUUUAACACUCACCCUGGCUGCACGAAUGUCGACUCCCCCAACUUCAAUUUUCAAGCCAAUAUGGAAGAUGAUUCGUGUGAUGCGAAAGUAACCAACUUCACCUUUGGUGGACUUUAUCAGGAAUGCACUGAACUGUCAGGUGAUGCUCUUUGCCAAAACCUGGAGCAGAAGAAUCUGCUUACUGGUGAUUUCUCUUGUCCCUCUGGCUACACCCCUGUCCAUCUGCUGUCUCAGACCCAUGAGGAGGGUUACAGUCGCCUGGAAUGUAAAAAGAAAUGCACCCUCAAGAUUUUCUGUAAGACAGUGUGUGAAGAUGUGUUCCGAGUGGCCAAAGCUCAAUUCAGGGCUUAUUGGUGCGUAGCCACUGGCCAAGUACCUGACAACUCAGGACUUCUCUUUGGAGGACUCUUCACUGACAAGAGCAUCAACCCAAUGACAAAUGCACAGUCAUGCCCAGCUGGCUACAUUCCACUGAACCUGUUUGAAAGCCUUAAGGUAUGUGUGUCCCUGGAUUAUGAGUUGGGGUACAAGUUUUCAGUUCCCUUUGGUGGGUUCUUCAGCUGUAUAAUGGGGAACCCCCUGGUUAAUUCUGAUACAGCCAAAGACAUAGGAGCACCAUCUCUGAAAAAAUGUCCUGGGGGCUUCAGCCAACACCUAGCUGUUAUCAGUGAUGGAUGCCAAGUGUCCUACUGUGUCAAGGCUGGAAUCUUUACAGGAGGGUCCCUGCUCCCUGUCAGGCUUCCACCUUACACCAAGCCACCCCUCAUGAGCCAAGUUGCCACCAACACUGUCAUAGUGACCAGUAGUGAGACUGCCAGAUCCUGGAUUAAGGAUCCUCAGACCAACCAGUGGAAGCUGGGAGAGCCUCUGGAGCUUCAUAGAGCCAUGACUGUCAUCCAUGGGGACGGUAAUGGAAUGUCAGGAGGGGAAGCUGCUGGAGUCACGUUGGGAGUCAUCAUAGCACUAGGAAUUGUCAUUACCUUGGCCAUCUACAGUACUCGGAAGUACAAGAAAGAGAAGGAAUACCAGGAAAUCGAGGAGCAGGAGAGUUUGGUUGGAAGCUUUGCAACAGAUGCAUCAGCCCCUAAUGGAGAACAGGAUCCAUGUCCAGCUUAAUUGUCUCCAGAGGAAACAGUUUCCAGCCGCAGUUUCAAGUACAUCUUUCUCUUUGUUUUCUCUACUUCUCCCUUCCUAAGUACUGAAGUGACCCUUGCAAUAGGAAGAAAGCAGGCAUUACAUCCCUGGAAGUAUUUGUUUAGACCUCUGCACCAGGAAAUUAAAGGAGCCAUUUUAAUGGGUAUGGGGAGGGGUAUGAUUCAUCUGGAAAAAGCUGGACUGGGACUGAGCCCCGGGAUGUGUGUGUGUGUGUGUGUGUGUGUGUGUGUGUGUGUGUGUGUGUCCACUCUCAUAGUUGUCAUUAUCUGAAUGCAUGUGUGUAAAAAGAGAUUAGAUUUGGAGAUUGUGCAUUUAGUCUGAAUUUGAAAGGCUUUCCAGUUUGUGAGCUGAAAAGGUUUGUGCUCUAAGUACAUUACUUCUUUUAUUUUGUUUUCAAAGAAGCCCUCUGGAUUUCAAUCUUGAGGCAAAUGUGUCCCUGAAAUGCCACAGGAGGCCUACAUGUUCCCUACUCUUUAGCUUUAAGGACUUGGUGUUGAUUGAUAGUACCCUUCCCCCUGAGUCAGCUCCCAGGCAUGUGAAGGAGAGGCGGGUGGGGUUUAUACAAAUUCCAUUUCCCAACUUUCUCACAGCUAAUCUAGAUUAGUCUUGGGCUUCUGAACAGUGCAAACAAGUCCUCAGGGAAAAGAAUAUGUAACUUAUAAUUUUCUGUUAGGGGGUGAAGGAUGAAGAAACAGUAAGGAAACAAACAAUAAAUUGAGGAUAAAAACUGGGGUUCUGGAGACGAUGCGAGUAAUCCAGGAAAGUUUGAACUCUCAGAUCUGUCAGUUAACAGCGUUAUAAAUGAAGAACUGAACAGAGCUCUGGUUUGGACAGAUCAAACAGUAUGGUUUCAUGUUUAUGUGUCAAAAAUAUAACUCCUUCCUCUCUGUGGAUGUCUUUAUCCUUGUCUUCUCACCCCAGCCGAGGAUGCAGAGAGAUGCACACAAACACCCUGUAUUGCAACAAGAAGCAUUUAUUUUCCUAGGGGCGAAACUGGGCUUAAACGCUAGUUCCUCCCUAACCCUAAACGUACGGGGAAAGUGCGGUCUUCUGUCUGCUAGGAUUUGCUGUUUCACAUUGCUAGGAAGAGGACUGAGGUGAUUAAAAACGAAACAAGGUUAGCUGGAAAAGGCUGUGACAUGUGUUUCAGAUCCGCGAUGGCUUCCAUGGGGGCGUCCAGCAGGCUGCAUGAUUGACACCUAGCAAUAGUUGGGGGUUUGCUCAAUUUUCACCUCUGAGAAUUUAAUUCUCUACAACAUGAAAAUUCCUCCACUGCUGUCUUAGAAGUUAUGUAUCUAUUCACCACAGCACAUCUUCAGUGAGCUAUCUUCUAUGAAAGACGAUGUGUUCUCUCUUCAAUAUUUACAAUCAAGGGCCUGUGCACACAGUAGGCCCACCUGAAGAGCUCCAAGUGUCUCAAUCUCUGGGAAUGGGAGUAAAUUACUCAUUCUUUUUCAGUUGAGUAAUUUAUGAGAGAAAUGAAUGACUGAAUUUGAACUCUGCCCUACCAACUGCCCAGCCAAGGGGGUUGAUGUAUAACCUCUCCAUCAAACCUGCUUCUUGAACAAUAAAAUGUUCUCCUUAACCUUUGUAUGCUUUAUGGGUUUGGGGUGCAUUUUAAUGUUUCAUUGAAGACAAUCACAUUUCUAAACAUACUGGCUUCAUUUUGUAAAUUCUUUAAGAAUUACUAAGUCUGCAAAACAAGGCACAGCAGAAGACUUCCAGACCUUUAAUGCAGAAACUUCCUGUUAAAGUGUCUAAUAUUUGUCCCAUAAAUAUGUAGCUCUACUAACAAAAAUGUGUAUAAAUAUUCAUUAAAGUGUGUACUUAGCAAAA